AUGGAGGUCGAGUUCUGCACCUUGGGAAUGUUUAUAAUUGAUGAGAUUGAUUUCGGUGAUUCAAGACCCGGUGUCAAGAAUAUCCUUGGUGGUGCAGCCUCAUUUGCAGUUGUGGGCGCCCGCUUGGUCUCGGGCUCGAAGUAUGCACGAUCUGUGAGCUGGAUCGUGGAUGUUGGCUCCGAUUUCCCCGCUGAGACGCUUGAUGUAAUCAAAUCAUGGAACACGUCUUGUGUUCUUAGAGAGGACCCUAGCAGGCUAACAACAAGAGCCUGGAAUGGCUAUCAUCCUGACGAGAAACGAGACUUCAAAUACUUGACACCGAAACUAAGACUCGAGCCUGAAAUGUUGUCAGAUUCCCAGGUGUGGUCCAAGACAUUCCAUAUGGUCUGUUCUCCAUCUCGUUGGAAAGCGCCGUCUUCCGCGCAUGCUUCCAAGCGCCCUAUCUUCGUCUGGGAGCCAGUCCCUGAUCUCUGUACUCCAGAAGAACAGGACAAGUUUUUCGCCGCAAAUAAAGUCGUGGAUGUGGUGAGUCCCAACCACAUGGAGCUGGGCAUGAUGUUUAACCAUCCCGGUUGGACCGACAAGAGCCAAGAAGGCCAGCAGCUAGUCCAAAAGAUUACAGACUCCGGAAUUGGUCCCGAUGGAACUGGCAUGCUGGUUAUUAGGGCAGGAAAGGAUGGUAGCUACGCCUACUCGAAGUCUAGCAAGAUCUGGUUCCCCGCCUAUCAUCAACCCGAUGCCUCCGGUGCUACGCCUGUGAUCGACCCCACUGGGGCGGGAAACUCUUUCCUUGGUGCUCUAGCCCAGGGCAUGGUGACUGCAGGCCGAGAGCCAUUCGAGGUCAUUGACUCUGUUCUAUCAAAAUCCGAAAAUUGGAAUAAAGCCCUCGAGUCUUGGGGUAAUUACCAACAUUACCCGAUAGCACUCAUUUGCGCAACUGUCGCAGCUGGCUUUGUGGUCGAACAGAUUGGUGUGCCGCAUAUUGAUGCUAAUGGAGACGGGGAGGAAUUGUGGAAUGGGACUGAAUUCACGGAACGUGUCCGCCUGUACACGCAGCGAUUAUUGAGGACACUUGAAGAGUCCCCUCAGAGACAUAUAUUGGUCAAUUGA